AUGAUUCUUAAAAAGGUAGUUGAGAGAAAGCUCAAUGGGGCGCCUACGUCUCUGCAUCUAACUGAGAGUAAAAUAUACGUGAGCCUCAAGAAGAGAUACAUAAUAGAAACGGAAUACAACGCACUGAAACUUAGAAGAGUACCUGUGAAGGAAAAUGUCAGAACUAUAGUCGGAUGCGAAGAAUGCAUUUUCCUCUUUUCAGACAAAGGAAGCCUUUAUAUUCUUUUGCAGGACAGGAGUAUUAGAAAUGGCUCUUCACUUGGAAAAAAAAUUGUUAACACGGGGCUCUACGAUCAAUCUUCCGGAAACGUUGUCGUUGGAACAAGCAGAGGAAAGGCUUUGGUAUUUACCCAAAAUCUUGAAAUAUGUAAGACGUUCUACGAAACGCCGUCGGGAAUGAUAGAUCUUUCUGUAUCUGAUGUGGGGAAAGUGGCCUGCAUCUAUGAGAUUGAUCCAACUGUAAGGAUAUUUGAUUUGAAGCAUUCUGAAGUUAAAAGCAUGAAGAUACCUAGUGGCUUUCCACAGGCGGUUGCAUUUGUCAAUAAUACACAUUUCGUGGUUGGAAAUGAUGCGGGCGAGGUUUAUCUUGCUGACAUGACAACUAUGAGUAUCAUUCAUUCCUCCACAAUGCCUCAAGUGGUUACAACUUUGGUCUGGAAGGAUGGAUUUCUAUUUAUUGGAGGAGAGGACUCAUUAUAUUUGUCCUCCGUCACAGAGAGCAGUAUUGAUAUCAUAGAUAGUUACAAAUGCAAUGGAUUUGUCAAUGCAAUCUGCCUUAACGGUAACCACAUUGUGAUGGGUGUUGGAAAGGAGCCAAAGCUUGGAAGAUGGAAAGUAAAAAAGGAUGGAGAGCAUAAACUUGUUGUUCUAAGGAUGGGAUGA